AUGGAGCGAAAAGAAGAUGAUGAAACUGCUACUUCCAGAGGGAAGAAAGAGGACGCGGUGGUUGAUACUGAGGAAUACCCACUAGCCUGGGAGGUAUGGACCGUUGAUUUGUACGGUGAAGAGUACCACCGCUGCACCAAUAUUGUCGCGGAGAGUCCGGUUGCGCCCAGCCCUCACACCGAUGGUCAUGGGUCUGAUGCGGAGAAUAAGCAUGUCUCGGCUUGUCCAGGCAAGACCAGUCCCUGA